GCUGUGAAUAUUGGGAAAUCGAAAGUCGUGAUUUUUGGAGGUUUGGUUGAUAAACGCUUCCUCAAUGAUAUCACUGUCUAUGACGCUGGACACAAAGGAUGUUGCAAUUCUAAUGAGGUAGCAAUAAUAAAGUUAAGAUGAGUUUAGUAGAGAUGCUUAUGUUGACAUCAAUGAUGGAUGUGUGGAUCCUCAAGCAUCAUCAAGGAGUUGGAUUAUCAAAAUCAACAGCACUACCACUACAAUCAACAGUUCUAUCAACAUCAUCAUCAAUAAGUAAAGAAGACGAAUGAAGUACCUUCAGCCAUUGAUUGAAGUCACCUUGAUGCUGUUCACGCUCUUCAGGGAGAAAAAGCUGUGGUUUCAGCCUGAGUGCACUGGUGGUGGUUCUGAUGGACAGGUUGGUCCAAGCCCCAGGGCAUUUCAUGUAGCUGUUGCUAUCGACUGCCAUAUGUUUAUAUUUGGUGGACGUUCGGGUGCCAAAAGGCUUGGUGACUUUUGGGUACUGGACACAGAUAUAUGGCAAUGGUCAGAAUUGUCAGGUUUUGGUGACUUACCUCCGGCUCGAGAUUUUGCUGCUGCUGCACCUAUUGGAAAUCAGAAGAUUGUCAUGUGUGGUGGUUGGGAUGGUAAAAAGUGGCUGUCAGACGUGUAUGUUUUGGACACAAUAUCUCUUGAGUGGACAGAGCUGUCAAUCUCGGGAACAGUGCCUCCUGCUAGAUGUGGUCAUUCAGCAACGAUGGUUGAGAAACGACUAUUAGUUUACGGGGGAAGAGGAAGCAGCGGAAUUGUGGGGGAUUUUUGGGCUUUAAAGGGAAUCAUUGAAGAAGAAAAUGAAACACCUGGUUGGACCCAACUGAAGCUUCCUGGUCAGGCACCUUCCUCCCGAUGUGGUCAUUCUGUCACAUCCAGAGGGCACUACCUAUUAUUAUUUGGAGGGCAUGGGACGGGUGGCUGGCUUAGUCGUUAUGAUAUUUACUACAAUGACUGCAUCAUCCUAGACAGAGUGUCUGUUCAGUGGAAACAAUUGCCUACUAGCAAUGAGUGCCCACCAGCACGAGCAUAUCAUUCCAUGACGUUAAUUGGUUCACGAUAUUUGUUAUUUGGUGGCUUUGAUGGGAAAUCUACUUUUGGUGAUAUAUGGUGGCUGGUUCCCGAAGAUGAUCCCAUUUCAAAGAGGUCAACCCCAUCUUUUCCCAAUCAACUUCAUGAAGACAAAAAAGUAGCUGCGUCAGAUUCAUCAUUGCCGAAUGUACUGAAGGAAAACCUACAUCAAGAGUCUGCAAUCUCAGAACUACAAAAAAGAUUCAAGUCUUUUUCUUCAUUUUCUAGAUCUGAACAUCAGAUUUUGGAUGAAUCAAAUGACAAGGAACUACAUGAGUUAGCCUUAAAGUUCAUGGAAGGAAGCAUGUCUAGUAAUGAUGCAAUUUCACUCAAUCAGGCAGUUCAGUUGCUUCGUGAUUAUUGGAGGAACACUGAGCCUAACUUCAUUGAGUUAAGACAGCUUGGGACCUUGCUUCGUGACUAUCAGCGCUUGAUUAAUCAUCAUUGUCUGGACAGUAUAAGCACUGAAUAUAAUCCAGCAUCACUGGGGUUUGUCUCCACUGGAUGUUCUGUUGCUUAUCGGUUCUAUCAUAUCAAAGAUCCUUCUCAGUUGCGCAUGGAUGAUAUCCCGAAGUUGCUGGAAGAAUACAAAGAGCUUCUGGGUGAUUGAUAUUAGUUGUAGGUACCUUGAAACCAAAGAAUGAAUUCAGAAUAUCUUUUGGCAUCCUAGGUCAAUACCAAUUAAAUUUUUGUGCUAUCAUCAAUCGAAGGUAUUUUGUUGUUGUCCUGCUGGAGGUAGUAGUAGUUUUUUGAAACCGGGAGCGAUUAGAAGCAAUCUCCAACCUCAGUCGGAAUGGUUGCAGCACCAUGGUGAUCGAGCAUCCACAUAUUUUAUAACUACAUGAUGUCCUUUUCUUUUAUACAAUGAAUCUGUCGAAACUUUACUCAGUGAACUUGAUAUAUUGAAUAUCUGUAAUAUAUUCUUUUGAUGAUAUGCUAUAGGAACAAAUUAUGUGCAUUGAGGAAAUGCCAUACCUGUAUAUUGAAAAGGAAGGAAAUAGGUCAAACCAUUUCCAUGGUACCUUGUUUUCUUCGUUAUGGGAUGUGCUCAGAUAUUUUGUUUGAAAAAUUAAAUAAUCGUUGUUUUGGGUUAUGCA